CUGUAAGUCCCUGCGGCGGUGCUAUUUCCCAGCUCGGUCUCAGGCGGCGUCUCGACUCGACCGAGCGGCGGCGGCGGCCGACGACCGACCCAACCACCGAGCAGCGCGCGCCGAGCCGCCGACACACGCCAGCGCUCGACCAGUCCCGCGCGCCGGCGCCGCAAUCCAGCGCCGUCGCGUCCCUGUCUCUCUACCUCCGUGCCUCUGUCGCCGUCUCUGUCGUUCACGGCUGUACCUGUAGGCUGUAGCGCUAAUCGUCCAGCGCCGUCCUCGGUCCUCUACAUCUGCGCUGCUCUCAUGUGGUGAUUUCAAGUAGCGCUUUGUUUCAUCCCCUGUAUAAUUUCCUUGGAUCUGCCACUGGCCGCCCUUCUGUCGUUUCGCCCCACUGGAGCACGCUGCCUCGAAUGAGGAGGUUAUUUCUGGCGUGCUGCCGCUACCUGCGUAUCACGGCUGUCCCUCAUGCUAUCGGAGCUAACUCACCUGCCAACAAUGUCUAUGGGCCAGGGAGGAGGUAUAUUUCCACAAGCAUUAGCUCCAGUAAGGUUCUACCAUGGGAGGCGCCAUCCCGUGAAACCCUGCUGAGGAAGAUAGACUGUGCUAUGAAGGAUGGAAAUGUUGAAGAGGCGCUGCAAUCUUUCAGCAAUUACAAGAAGCUUCAUGGUCUUCCUGAGCCACGGGUACUGAAUAGUAUGAUCGUGUCGCUGUCCUACAUGUCUAGUCGGAGGUGGCUUCAGAGGGCAUUUGACAUGGUUCUCUCAGUUUAUCAAAUUAACAGAAAUCUUCUUAAUUGUGGCUCACUGAUGAGGCUAGCGUUGGCGCUUGCGAGAGAUCAGAUGCCUGUCCCGGCCUCCACGGUCCUGAGGAUCAUAAUGGAGAGUAGAAAGCUUCCUGAUGUUGAUAUGCUUAGCAUUUCGUUUCUGCAUAUGUUGAAGUCACAGGUAGGAUCCUACCUUGCCACUGAUGUUCUCAUUGAGACUUGCGAGAGUUUCUUGGACCAAGUUACAGAUAGGCGGGAGAUGAAAAAACUGGAUCCAAUAAAAAACAAUGCCACCUUGUUCAAUAUGGUUUUGGAGUCAUGUGUGAACUUUAAAUGCAUUAUCAUGGCCCAGAAAGUAAUGGAACUGAUGUCAUUGAUUGGAGUUGUGGGUGAUGUAAAUACAGUGGUGAUGGCUAGCCGUGUCUUUGAGAUGGUUGGGCAACGAGAUGAGUUGAUACACAUGAAAAGAAGCAUCGACUCUUUAACAUCUUUGACAUUUCUUCAGUACUACCAGCAUUUUUAUGACAGUCUAUUGAGCCUGCAUUUCAAAUAUAAUGACAUGGAUGCUGCUGCAAAGUUUUUAAUAGAUCUGCAUCAGGAACGGAAACCUGGUGUUUUCUUUUGCGGUGGUUUACAGAAACAAAGUAUCAUACAAAUUGGCUCUGGAAAUAUGAAAAGCGGAUAUAGAAUAAUGUUUGAUCCUGAAAAAGUUGACAGGGGCUUUGUUUUGGGUACAGAAAGCCAAUUCGGCCUUGUUGUUCUUACUGAUGGAAACCUUCUUCAUACUGAAAAGGCUCUUGCUAAACUUGUUAUAGGCUGUGUGAAAUCAAGGAAUAUGCAUAUACUGUCUAGCUUUUUUAUUACGUCACGUAAAGAUGGUCUAGAGCUAAUUUCUCCUCAAGAUGUGGUUAAUGCAUGCAUUCAAAUGGGAUGGUUGCAUUCUGCUCAUGAUAUUAUAGAUGAUUUGGAGUCAGCCGGGAUUCCAGUUGGGAUUACUGGUUACAUUUCUCUUCUGAGAGCAUAUGAGAAGGAGAAUAAGUCAGAAGAAUUCAAUUGCCUUCUUCAACAGAUACAAAAGAUAGCAUCUACCAUGGAUGAUAUUCAUACUAAUUCACCAUUUACCAUCAAGAAUAUUGCCAAAGUAGUGAAAUAUGAAAUACCCCUCAGUAGUUCAUCUUUGUUUGCUGCUUUGGCUGAUGAAAUUAAACAUUACAAGCCUGAAGAGCACUUGACAUUAGAGUUCAAUAAUUCGGUCCUUUUCUUCUGCAAGGCAAAAAUGAUGGAAGACGCUCUUUGCACAUAUAAGCGUAUGAGAGAGCAAAAUAUCAGACCCACGUCUCAUACUUUUUGCCAUAUAUUGCGUGGUUAUUCUUCAAUGGACAUGCAUAGGGAGAUCACCAUGCUGUGGGGAGAAAUAAAGCGCAGACUUGAAUAUGGAGAGCUAGAUUUGGAUAGGGACUUGCUUGAUUGCUUGGUUUUGAAUUUUCUUAAAGGUGGAUAUUUUUCGAGGGUGAUGGAGAUCAUUAGUUACAUGUCAAAACAUAACAUUUACUGUGACAAGUGGAAAUACAGGCAUGCCUUCCUGAAGCUACACAAGAACCUGUAUAGGAAUUUGAAUUCAUUGCAUGACAAAACAGAAGCUCAAAGUAAAAGGAUUGAAGAUGUCCGAGCUUUCAGGCUGUGGGCGAGCAUUAAGUAGGUAGGGCUAGUGACCAAUUUUAUCCCUCUCAUUUUCAAAAUGGGUAAGGACACCCAUUUGAUGACUUGUAGCACUAAGCAAGCAUGCCUCGUCGUCACCUCAAGGAUGCCUCCUGGCUAGUUGCCCUGAAGCCUCCCUCGAGGGAAAAGGCAAGGCGCGUAGAGUGGUGCUCGCAGCACCUGCAGCAUGGGAAGAGGGUUGAGGCUGUGGAGAGCUUCAAGGAGGCUUCAACAUAUUUAUGGUUACUAAGCUGUUUUGGUGCUCUACUACUUUGAUUUAUGGUUACUAGCUUCAACAUAUUUGGGUUUUAUAUUUUCAUCAGAAACUGGUUUAUCAUACAGAAAGCGUAGAAAUUGAAAUACUGAAUUGUAGCAGAUGUUCAGUCAAGAUUGUAUGAAUGCAAACAUUCUGAUCAAAGCAGAAGCAGUGGCCACCUGAACAAGUGAUCAGCUUACCAUCUCGUCAUCUCAAUUAUAGGCGUAAGGCGUUGCAGAGAAGGCUGAGAAAGAUGAGAUCAUGAUGGCAGGAAUGGAGCUUUUUUUAAGAUAAAGAGGAAUGUAGCUGGCAAGGGCAAGGAUGGAAGAUGAGUUCAGCUCACAGUAUAGAUGUAUAUUUAUGUUUUGUUUCAUUAAGGGAUGCAAGAAACUCGAUUUGUUUGCUGCCUUAUAUCAGGAUCUGCGUGUACAUGCCGGUGAUAAAUAUUUCUAUUCGGUGCUCUGUUCAUCAGAAAUCACAGAUGUUUCAUCACAAAUUACAGAUGUGAUAUAAUGCAAGGAUAAAUGCUGGUUAAAAGCAAAUGGAUUGGAAUUGUAA